ACAGCAAACCGCAUCACUGUCUCUCUUACAUCUCGAUAUCGCAUCAGUUGCUAGUAUCUCACAAUGGCCGCCAACAUCUCACAGGGUCGUCGCACGGUUCUGAUUACUGGCUGUACACCCGGUGGAAUUGGCCAUGCCUUGGUCAAAGAGUUCCAUACCCGCGGACUCCAUGUGAUCGCCACUGGGCGCCGGCCUGAGGUUUUGAAGGAGCUCUCUGAUAUUGGCGUCUCUGCCGUUGCUCUUGACGUGACCAAUGCAGAGAGCAUCGCGGAGUGUAAGCGUCAAGUCACUGAACUGACUGGCGGUCGCCUGGACAUCCUUGUCAAUAACGCCGGCGUGAGCCACACGAUCCCAGCGACGGAUAUCGACUUGGACGAGGUUCGCGCCACCUUUGAGACCAAUGUCUUCAGUGUGAUGGCAAUGGUUCAGGCCUUUGUGCCCCUUCUCAUUGCCACGCGCGGCCUCAUCGUCAACAUUAGUUCGCUGUCGUCUGUUUCGCCCUACGUCUUCGCAUCCGUUUACAGCUCCACAAAGGGUGCCAUCAAUUCGUAUAGCCGCACUCUACGGCAGGAGCUGCGACCCUUUGGUGUUCGUGUACUUGUGUCCAUGACGGGCACCGUCAGCACAUCCAAUCCAAAGGCCCAUCGCGAGCUGCCUGCCGGCUCGCUGUACAUGCGUAUGAAGGAUUUCUUCGCUGCUCGCCAGCAGUGGUCGCAGCAUAACGCCACCAUGAACAACGCGACUUUUGCUACACAGCUGGUAUCUGAGGCCCUCCGGGGUGAGGGGUGGUUCGGCGGACUGCUCGGCGGUGCGCGUAAGUGGUUCUGGGCUGGUGGCUUGUCUACUCAGGUCUGGCUGGCCAGGUGGCUGUUUGGUGAGACCCUGCUGGAUGAAAUCACUUAUAGGCGCUUUCACCUGCACAAACUCGAGGCGGAGGUCCGCAAGGAUGGCGCAAAGCGGAUCAACUAGUGUAUUCAAUAUUGCAUUCCAAGGUUCU